AUGGGCGAGCCGCAAUCCAUUGACCCGCUGCAAGCAUUGCAUCAGUCAAACUCCUCGUCAUUCUACCCCGCCUCGGCGGCCCCAUCCCACACUCAACCGCCGGCACUGGAUAGCUCGCCAACAUCCAUCUUCCCCCUCAUCACGCCAAAUUCAACAGACCCCCUUGCCACCGACCUGGCGACAUCGUCGGCGCCCCCAAAUGGCCUAGGCAAGCGCCGCAAGUCGUCGUCGGGCACCCAGCAGCAGCCGUCAACAAGACCGUCAGUCGCCCGCUCUUCCACAACCACCCAGACAGCGAGCCCAGACAUGCCAAUCGACGGCGACGACGAGCCAGAGUCGUCGACGGAGCGCAAGAAGCCAAGGGCCGCUGGUAAUGCCCAGGUGCUGACCAGCGUCGCUGCGAGCCAUCCCCAUUGGUGCCCCCCGACCAUCCAGACGUUGCCAAGCUGCCGUGCGCGCGAUGCCGACGGUUCGCCCUCGACUGCGUUCGCAUGCGCGUGUCUCGGCGCAAAGGCCCCGCACCAGUGUAGGUGCAGCGCGACGGGCCUUGAGACUGACAAGAACAGAGACCUUAGUGCUAUUUCGGACGCUGCUCACGGCUACAACCCCGGAACAGCAGAGAAUGCCAGUGAUCCUCCAAAGGGCCUACCUGCGUCCUCAACGGGCAGCAGUGGCCUCGAGUUCGACGUGGGCCAAGGCGUUGCCAUCCCAUCACCAUCGUUUCCCCUGCUCGCUGCGUCACCAAACGUGGGCAGCAUGGGCACGGCCGUGCCGAACAGCUUGGACCAGGUCGUGUCGCCACCAGUGCUCGAGAAUAUCAUCGGCCUCUUCUUCGACUAUGUGUAUCCUCUGACCCCUUGUCUCCACCGACCGACGUUCAUCGCCGACCUCGCAGCUCGCCGCGAUAAGACGGACCCAGUGUUCUUCGCCUUGACCCUUGUUGUCCUGGCAUCUACACUUGUGCAGGUGCCUCGCAUUCUCGUCAACCUCGACAAGCAGGAAGUCGAGGCCUUGGCUCGUCGGUGUGUGAGGGUAGCACGGGCAAAGACUGCCUACCUUUGGGAGGAUCCAGUGCCUGUCCGGGCAGAGUUUGUUGUCAUCUUCUAUCUCGAGGGGAUCGUCCACCUGCUGCUGGGCAACAACACGGCACAUGUCAUCGUGACAGCGCAGGCGAACCAAUGCGCUCUGGCACUGCGACUGAACGAGGAAUCUAGUUACGAAGGCCUGAACCCUAUCGAGUCUGAGAUUCGGCGACGAAUCUACUGGUUGCUGUUCCAAGCCGACAAGAGUACAGCUUGCUUGCGUGCGCGCACCAUCUGUUUGCGUUUAGAAGACGCACCAGGCCUGCGAUUGCCGUCCGAAGUCGACGACGAACAGAUCACUCCAACUGGAGUUCUGCCUCAGCCCAACGGUCGCACCCCGCUUAUUGCAGGGUUCAACAUUGUGACCAACCUCUUCCGCAUCUUGAACGAUGCCCUCCUUCUUCAGCGGCGCAAGUCUCUGCCUUCAGUGGACAGCAUCUUGGCGGACCUUCAAAACGUCAACGAGUUGAGAGAGCGUGUGAUUAACGCGACUGUCGAGGUCGCGAGCCCGCUAAGGAUUCGUUCUGCCUACGAUUCGCGAGCGGCCAGCCCAGCGAAGGGAUGGGAGGCCAAUCUCCAGGCCAGAUUCCUGGACUUCUUCUCCGGUGCAACCGACAACGACCACAUCAACAGCUUCAUGGUCAUGCAGGGCAACAUCCUCGUGACGCAGCAAGUGGUGCGAUUAGUGCUCUUGCAGACGCGCGAAUCGCUUCUGCGCCAACUUGCGGCCCUCACGCACAUGCCCCUCCAGAGUGUCGGCGGUCUCGCGGGUGUCCAGAACAACGAAGUCGCCGAGGAUAUUGCCUGCGACCUGCUGGAUGGCCUGAACAGUCUCCCAGAGGAGUGUGUCGCGACAAACGGACCGUCUCUUGUGCAAAAAGUCCGCUUCGUUGCCAUUCAGCUUAUGGAGGGCUCGACGUCGACGUCACCUCAAGCGGUGCGAGCUCAAACCCUUCUUAUGCAGUUCCUCUCGGUCCUGAGUGUGAUCGAGGGCAUGUACACCUUUGGCCGAGACGUCUCUGCCGAGUAA